UUCAGCGUCCUGUUUCUAAUAAACUCCAUAAUGAAAAACUUAUCGAUGCUAAAGUACACCCUAACGCUAUUCGCCUUUGCCUUGGCAUUCCAUAAAGUGGCAGCGGAAUUGAAAUAUGGCGAGUGCACAGGAUUGAGACUCGAUAAUUCCGUAUCCAUCCGCGCAGGCAAAUGCGUCGCUCUCGGCGGGAAAUGCUGCGACAUGACCGGCUACAUGAUCGAUGACCCGAGGACAAUGAAAGCAACCGACAAAUGCUUCACUUGCUACAAUCCCGACGUGACCGUCAAAUGCACUGGAAGAAGAAUCCGAUCGAAACCGGCCGUUUGGGGUGUGGACGCAAAUUCGUGGAUUACAGCGGCCAAGUGCAUCAGCCUGAAAGGGGGUUGCUGCCAAGUUCGCGGGAAAUCAUUCAACCCUAACGAUUCGCCAAACGAGUUCUACUGCAACGAUUGCUAUGCGGGUGCGCCGGCCGGCGCUGGAUGCAGCGGUAAACUGUUGGCUUCCGUAGACUUCUCACCGAAGACGUGCAUCGCCCUCGGAGGACGUUGCUGUGACGGCGAUUUCGCUGGUACUAGCACUGGAUCGGCCUUUUGUCCUUGGAGCACGUUUAGCUCCUCGCUAUUGAAAAAGUGUAAUGUCUGUUACACUGGCGUGCCGGUAGCCGGUGCCUAAUUCGAGCGUUCAGACAAUGUCAUUUGAUCGUUAAGCAUUUCAAAGAAAUAAACUUGUGCUGCAAAAUGAAAAGAAA